AUGGACCAUACUUGUAGCGGUGUUACCGUCGUUCCCGUUACCAUUAUUACAGGAUUUUUAGGAUCCGGGAAGACCACUCUCCUGAAUCACAUUCUUAAAGACAAGUCUCAUGGAAUGAAAUUUGCCAUUAUUGAGAAUGAAUAUGGAGACGUCAGUGUUGACGAUACGGUCAUUACGGAGCAGCCCCAGGAUGAAGUAAUUGAGGUCAUGAAUGGAUGUCUAUGUUGUACUGUCCGGGGUGAUCUUGUCAAGGUUCUGAAGAGAUUAUACAGACGAAUGAGCCAGUUUGACGGCAUUAUCAUUGAGACUACUGGAAUGGCGGAUCCUGCACCUGUUUGCCAAACCUUUUUCGUAGAAGAACACAUGAAAAGGCUUUUCCGCUUGGACGCAGUCAUCACCGUUGUUGAUAGCAAGAAUAUCAUCGAACGCCUCAACGAAGAAAAGCCAGCGGACGCAGUCAACGAAUCCGAAGCUCAAAUUGCAUUUGCAGAUAAAGUUCUGCUAAACAAAGUGGAUCUUUCGUCGGAAGACGAAUUGGUCAAGAUUGAAGAAAGAAUCAAGUCCAUCAACCCAAAUUGUUCCAUUACUCGCUGCAAAGAUGGGAACGUUAAUCCCCAAGAUCUUAUAAAUAUCCAAGCCUUUGACGUGAGGCGGGCUCUUGAUCUGGACGAAGACUUCCUUGACGAAUUUAGUGAACCAACUCAGCACGACUCCACUAUAGGCAGUAUUGCUGUCAAGCUCGAGGGAAGUGUCAACAUGGCCAUGCUUGAGACUUGGAUCCAACGACUCCUUGGAGAAGAUGGCGCCAAGCUCUAUCGAUACAAGGGAAUUAUUUCGGUGAAAGGAAUGCCGUUAAAGUUCAUCUUCCAAGGUGUUGGUAUGAACUUCGAUGGUGGAUUCUGUGACAUUGAAUGGGGAGAAGAUGAAAGACGUGAAUCUCGGUUUGUUUUUAUUGGCAAGAACCUCGAUGAUAAACUGUAUCGCGAUGGAUUCAUAGCCUGCAAAGCGGAUACGCCACUUCGUUUUGAAGUUGGCGACAUGGUUGAAUGCCAAAUUGACGAAGCCUACGUAGUCGGGAAAAUCCUCAUGCAGUGGGAGGAAGGGAACGCCUACCGUAUUGAAGUGCAAAAUGCGGAUAGGUCAAAUGUUUGGGCUCCUGUUGACAUUGACGCAUAUGUUCGGACCGUCAAGUCCCCUAGGUAG